UCCAAUCUGGCCUUGAACACCUCCAGGGACGGAGGUGUUCAACACUGUUCAACAGGUUUUUUUUCUCUCCUCAUGUUCACAAGUGACAGCAAGGGGAAUUAUGUGGAGAUGCAAUGUAUUUUAUAAAUUGCUUCCCAUCUGAGAUAUAGUUAACUCCUGGACAACAAACCAGGCGCGUUCUAGAGAUCCCUCUGUAGAAGUACUUAGUGAACUUCAGGCUGGCAGCAAGAAGAGGGCAAAUGCAGUUGCUGCUGUGUAUUGUUGCAGUCUGUGAAAGGAAAUGAGCCAAAUGAGCUUCAGAUAGCAAUUAGGAUCUAACUGUGAAGUACCACUGAGACACGCUGGUAUUUGCCAAACUGCCAUGGAAGAAAGAAAGAAAAAUAUCGCGGUACGUGGUAGAUAUUGCUUUUCAUAUGAAAGCACCAUAUUCAGGCUGUACAGAUGGCAAACAAGUUUAUUCCUGUUUUCUGUGAGUUACUUGGCCGUAUGGGUUCCCUCUUGAUCUUCCUUUAUUUGUGAAAGACUGAGAAUUUUAGAGAUGUGUUCUACAGACAUAAAGAAGCAAACUCUCAAAACUCUUGCUGGGGUGAAGUGGACAUGAAUGCAGGAGAACAAUAGCUGUAUCUAGCACCUGUGAUUAAGAUGGAGUUGUGCAAAGGCAGAACAGUUGCAUUAAUGCCUUGUUUUCUGCCAUUAAACCAGUGAGUUUGUAAGUGUAUAUCCAGGGUGAAUACGGCUGCUUGUUUCUUCACACAUUGUUCCUUAACAAGAGUUAAUAAAACUGAUAAUUUUACUUUCAGAAUUGCUGCUGUAAAAGCUAAGUAAAGAGAUUUGGGGACUAAAUUAAUUAAUAGAUUGGUCUGGUGGGGGCAGAAUGGCAAAAGAGAAAGAAUUUUCUAUUUAGAAACUGAAAAUUUAGAGUUGCAAAGAGUCAGAGAAAUAUAGGCAAUUGUUUAGCUGUCCUUUACUUUUUAAUGAACUGCACUUUCUCUUGAUGAGCCAUGACAGCUGAAUGUUCACUCAUGAGAAGAAAAAGCGGAAUGCUGAAGUUACACUUGAUUUACGGGAUUUUAUCUUUCACCAGAAUUUCUUGCAUAUACACUAGAUUUGUAUGUUUCUCAGAAUACUUACUUAUUUUAAGAUGUGUUGGCCAUUCAGAUGCCAGUGAAGCCAACUGGAAGCCAAACAUUUUGUAUUUCUCUCAGUUGUUUCUGAGUUAAUGUCAUUUCCAAUCACAAUUCUAGAGUUUUAAUUGCAGAUUUGAGGUUCAGUUCUGCUAUUAAUGCAAACAUUUGGGGAGUUGGAAUAGUGCCUCCAGGUCUGUGGCUGGACAAGUGGUCAGAACAGAAAGUUCUUGCAUAAACAUGCUUAAGACUGUAUGUUUAACAUCCUAAAGUAGCUUUGAGAUGAGCCAGACUUCACAGGGUGUCAGAAGCAAGACCAGGGCUCAAUUUGGAUCUGGGUGACGUGUGCAUGUAGGCUGUCUCUGGUGACUGUGCAUUUACAGAUGGGUUUACUUCACCAUAGGCUAUGCCUGAUGCCAGGAAUACUCUGCGUGAUGAUAUGAGAAUUUCAUAGACAGUGGAAUACUGAAACAUAUGAGGCAGUAUGUUUAGAAUCAUAAUUUCACAAGAAAUUUGAACUUGUGACACUAGACUUUUACAUAAAAAAGGAAAAGGAAAGCAAGACAGCAAGUUGCGGUGCACUGCAAGGUUGGAGGGCAGGGCAGGGUUUGAGCAGUAGCUGGUAGUUCUGUUUAAGCUUGUUGUAAAUCCAUAGAGUUUAACUGUGCAAAAAUCUUGUACCAGUUUUGAGAUGGGAUGUGGUUUUUGCUGCAUUUGUGGAUUUCUUGGUUUUUUUUUUGUUUGUUUUUUCCUGUUUUGGUCCUUUACAGUCUUUAAGUAUGCAGUUUGUUACCUCAGACUACUUAGGACAGUCAUGAAUGUGCACUUGCCACCCUACCAAAAUACUUCAUAAAGAACAGGAUCGUAAGAGCUGUGUAUCACUGCAACUGUUAAGAGGUGAAGUGUUUUGUCCAUUCUGGACUCUGUAAGGUGAAUUCAUAACGCUCAGGUUCUACUGUUCUCUCGCUUCAUCUUGUUAAGAACUGACAAUGGGCGCCUUAUUCUCACAAGUUGGUGCAUCAUCUAUAUUGAUAUAAGCAGUGUCCUUAAUUUUGACUCUUGUAUAUCUGCAAGGGACCACAGUAUGAAUGGUAAGUGCUAUGCACUGAGCCUGUUAGCAAUUGAAAAGCAGAACGCUGCCUAUUCUUGUACUGCAGUAUUGCAUUCAAACUCUCACACUGGCAGCUCUGGUUAACCUGCUUUAUAUGUUCUGCUGGUUGUUUGUGAUAUCCUCCAUCCCUUCUGCUUUUUAAAUGUGUAUUAGCAACCUGCAGCUUUCAGGAAACUCCUAAGAAUACAUUGUCCUUGUAUUUCAUUCUCUUACUAGGAGAAUCAAAAAUGUGUUCCAGGUUCUACGUUGUAUUUCUUUUACGUCUUAUGCGGCUAAUUUGCGGGAUUUUAGUAUUGACAUGCUAUGUUGUUUCUGUUCCUAUUAUUUAGAAUGGACUUCAGGUGUGCUUGGAUUUCCUGGAAAAUACAGGCCCCUGAAAUGUCUCUACCUCCCUGGUGUUUUUUUCUGUUCAUGUUUUGGUAAUGGCUGUUGCCAAUUUGUUCUGCUUUGUAUUCUCCAGAGGACAGUGGUCUCUAGUUCCAGACUGAAAUUACCUGAAACUGCAUAUAAUUUUGCUUAUUAAAAGGAGGCACGUCAUUUUUCAAUAUGUAGUAGUGUACUUACCAUCAUUUCCUUCACUUAGUUGUUUGGAAGCUGUUCCAAUGAACUCAAGCACUGUUACCACGCAGUGGAUUUGUCCUCAAAAGAUAAACAUUGCAAACAUUUCACAUGCUGUAGAGAAGGGAUAAUUUUAAAGAAAUAUUGCAAUAGGAGCAAGGAGGCAAUGUUCUAACUGUGUUUAAAUACAAGGAGCUAUUAAGAACUUGUCCAAAACAAGCAAAGUCUAUUGUCCUAAUUUUUCUGCAAAGAAGGAUCCUUUUGGAGUUGAUUACUGAUAAAUGCAUAAGAGAUUAACUUGUUUUCUUAAUGGUAAUUUAUAAUGACAUAACCUGCUCUGUGUAAUGCUCUCUUGCCCAGAGAAAAUGAAAACAACUCUAGUAUGAAAAAAUCCUAUUGCUGUGGGUGACAUCUAGUUGCUCUUACUGUUAUUACACACCCAUUAAUGGAAGAAAGCACUCACCCUUUCACUUUGCAGGAGCCUCUCCUGGGGACUUGACAUGUUGGGGCUAGACAGAAUUAAUUUUUGGAAAUAUCUCUGUUUUGGAAAUCCUCCAUGGAAGAUGGAACUUUUUGUCUCCUUCCUCCUUCGUGCUUAGUGAGGAUAAUAGCUACCAGUUUCAGAUAAAGGUGAUGUUACACUCUACAGUAUGACUUUCCCCGGAGUCUCUGGAAGCAAUGUAGAUGAUUAUUACUUCCAGGGAAGACAGCAUAUACAUAUUGUUAGUCCUUUGUAGUUGAGGUAAAUGGUUGGCAAAGAGUUAAUACUGAAGAGUGUGCAGAACAUGUCAUAACACCUUUGCCACACAACUUGCAGUGCAGUUAGUUUUUUUUAAUCUGGUUUGCUACUGUAGCUGCUACUGUAAUGCCUGUGAUUGGGCAGAGAAAGCUGAGGACUCAAAGGCUCUUGGAUGUUUUCUCUUACGUGAAUAAAUCAGAUACUUUGAUACUUAGAUGUGUGUAGGCUGGAUGAGACUAGACAGGUUAACCAGAUAGGCUUGGAAACAAGUAUUGUUUCCAAGUAUUUUCUCUAUCUGGAAUGAAUUCUCAUUAGAGUUAUUAUUGAAUUUUCCUUUUCCCCCUAGACAACAGUACAAAUGAAUAGAGCCUGUUAAAGGUCUUAUAUAUUUUGGCAUGUUUACCUUCUCCAGAAAAUCCACCCUGGAGAUACACUAAGAGCUGUUGGAAGCACUAUCUGGCUAACCCCAAGUCAGGCUACAAAUAAUCUUCUCUGGGAUUGCUGAGCAAGAAAGGACUGCAACGUGAACAAUAUAGAGUGAGAGGGGUAAUACUGUUGGAAGCCUUUAAUCUAAUCUAAUCUAAUCUAACACUGUUCAAUUUUUCCACUGAUUGGGAAGGAAAAUUUUCUUACUUUUUCUUUCUAGUCACAGGAAGAUAGCUCUUCAACUCCAAAUGGAAAAUUCAUCAGGAAUUAGCUGUUCUUUGGUAAUCUCCUCCUGGAAAUAAUUGCAUCUGAUGAUAGUUAUUUCUUGGGCCAAAUAGAUUUACUUGAGACUCACAGGGGACUUGUAAGUAGGCAGAUGCCUACAUCACAAAAUGAUUAUCCUGUUAUGCUUUGAUGUUAGCAGUCUCAGCAGACAAAGUAGUGGGUGGGGUUUUUAUUUCCCUGUUUGUUUGUCUGACUCGGGAAGAAGUCUGCUGAGAGGAGACCUGAAUUACUUCUACUUUUUUUAGAUGGCUGUUAGGGAUUUCCACCUCCCUAAUUUUCAGUCUCUUCUCUCUCACUUACUAGGUAAAGAACAAUAAACAUAUGCUGACAGUUUUGGUAUUUACUGAACUUACUCUUAAAAGGAUAUAUUGACUUUGUCAGCUAAGAAGGUGUAUUGGCUAUUGCCCAAUUCUAAGUCCACAGGAGAUCUUAUCACCUUUAAUUGGAGAAAUAGGCACUCUGAAAUUAAUGCCUAAGCAGCAGUUUAUUAAUGAAAUGUUUUUCAAUUCAAUUUGCCAUUGAACGGGCAGAGCAGGCUAAAUGAAAUUAAGAUAACAUUAGGGGUGGUGUAGGGAUACUUAGGCGUGCACGCACUUUGUACAUUUAGGAUAAAUUAAAUAGAUAGCUGCAGAGCUUAGUGGGAAAAAAAAAAAAAAAAAAAAAAAAAAGAUUGUCAGUAUUUCCCAAUGUUAAUCAGGAGUAUUGAAAUGAGACUUCACAUGUGAGUUGGACUUUUUUCAUGACAUUAUCCAUUCUGUACUUACAGACAAAUUGCUUUAUACUACAGAUCACAGAAUAAGAAAUGAUGUUAAUGGUUGGAAGGACAAUGCAAUGUAGCCAGUUAAUGAACGAGCUUGAUCUUUACAGAAAAUUAUUUUGAGCAGAUAACACACAUAUAUAGAAAGAAAGAUUAAUUUAGAGACCUUUGUCAUUAGAGCAGAUUUUUGUAUGGUUUUGUGUGGGAUUUAAGGGGGAUUAAAUGUUUGACAUCACUUUGCCUGCACAGGCUAUGUUGAAGAGGUUACUGAGCGGGUGAUGGAGAAUUCAAAUAUGCUCCUGUGCUGAAAGAGUGGAAGCAAUGGAUCAGACUGCAGCUCGGCAAAACAAAGUGCUCUAUUUACUACAUUUCUAAAAGUAAGGUGCUUCUGAUUUGACAGCAGAUGCUGCAGGGAUGUAGAGCUUAAGGAAUUUUUAUAUUUUGCCAAAAUAUGAAGGGAACUCAGAGAGGACAUCAGAACUGGGAUGCCACUGUUUUCUUUCUUCAGUAAUGCCUUGCUUCACGUGCAUCAUUUGUAUGAUAUGCUGUUUCUAAACAGUAAAAACACUAAAAAUAAAAAGUCAGCAAGGUGGAUUGGCUGAUCAGGUGCAUUUAUCUUUGGAAGAGAUGGUCCUGGUCAUUAAGCUUCUGUUCUUUACCUGCCUGUGGCCGACAGCAGUGCUACACAGCUCUCAAGGUCAGCAUCACCAUCUUCACCAUCGGCAACAAUUCUCAUUCUUAAGAAAGCAUAACAGCAAACGAGAUAUUAAAAUGAGGAAACUUGACAGCACCAAAGUCCGGCCACUUAAAUCUGAGCAACUUCUUCGCAUAGAGGACCAUGACUUUGCACUGAGACCUGGAUUUGGAGGGUCGCCAAUACCUGUGGGCAUUGAUGUGCAGGUAGAAAGCAUUGACAGCAUAUCUGAAGUUGACAUGGACUUCACAAUGACUUUAUAUCUCAGACAUUACUGGAAGGAUGAGAGACUUUCAUUUCGUAGUACCAAAAACAAAAGUAUGACUUUUGAUGGAAGACUGAUAAAAAAGAUCUGGGUACCUGAUGUGUUUUUUGUACACUCCAAAAGAUCUUUCAUCCAUGAUACAACUGUGGAAAAUGUCAUGCUCCGAGUGUACCCCGAUGGCAACGUACUCUUCAGUCUAAGAAUAACAGUUUCUGCUAUGUGUUUCAUGGAUUUCAGUAGGUUUCCUCUGGAUACCCAGAACUGUUCUUUAGAACUGGAAAGCUAUGCAUACAACGAAGAUGAUCUGAUGUUAUACUGGAAACAUGGAAAUGAGUCCUUGAGCACAGAUGAGCACAUUUCCCUCUCCCAGUUUUUCAUCGAAGAAUUCAGUGCUUCCAGCGGACUUGCGUUUUACAGCAGUACUGGCUGGUACAAUCGACUUUUCAUAAACUUUGCACUCCGGAGACAUAUUUUCUUUUUUGUGCUACAAUCGUAUUUCCCAGCCAUGCUGAUGGUGAUGCUGUCUUGGGUUUCUUUUUGGAUUGACAGGAGAGCCGUCCCUGCCAGGGUAUCACUAGGCAUAACUACGGUGCUGACAAUGUCAACCAUCAUCACAGGAGUAAGUGCCUCAAUGCCUCAAGUGUCUUACAUAAAGGCUGUGGAUGUGUAUUUAUGGAUCAGCUUCCUUUUUGUCUUCCUGUCUGUCAUUGAAUAUGCAGCAGUGAACUAUCUCACCACAAUUGAAGAGAGAAAGCAACUCAAGAAAAGGGGCAAGGCCUCAGGAAUGUAUAACAUUGAUGCAGUGCAAGCAAUGGCUUUUGACGGCUGCUACCAUGAUCCUGAUGUUGAGAUGGACCUGCCUGCUUUCACUGACCGCUGUGAAGAGAAUGAAACUCGAGCACGAGCAAUCAGUGUCUCCAAUGUGGGCACAGCUCGCAUCAAGAGGAAGAGAUCUUUUAAGGGAAACGUGGGCAGGAUUAUUCUACAGAACAAUCAUGUCAUUGACACAUAUUCCAGGAUUAUAUUUCCCAGUGUGUAUAUUGUGUUCAACUUUUUUUACUGGGGUUUGUACAUAUGAACAGAAAUCAUUAUAAGCUAGAUUUUAUCUUGGGUAUAUGGGUAAUGCAAAAGCAGUAGAGGAAAGGGUUAAAAGCUUCUGAAACUGGCUUCUGCAUCAAACCAAGGCUGGUUUGGUUAACAGCAGAACUGCUGAUGGAAAAAAUCUCACGGUCUGACCUUUCAGCUGGACUGCUCCAUAAUUCACUGGGACAACCCAAUGUGCGUGCUACUGCUGCAGUAUCACAGAAGCAGCUUGCUCACUGAGGGAGCCCUUUAUCACACACCUAAACAGAUAACAGCUCCUGGCCAAUGUGUUAUCCAGUGUUCAUCUAUGCUCUAACCAUUCCCCCUUAAUCAGCCCUUCUGUUUGUUCUCCACUUGUUAUCCAGUUGUUUUGCAGUCAGCACCAAUCACCUUCAAAUGGUCCCUGCCCCAAUUUCACUUACUGCAUUUCUGUUUUGCUAGACAACCUGUCUGCACCUCAGGAGCCUUUGUUUUUUGAUGGUAAGGAAAUAGGGAAAGAGACUGUGAUUUAGCAGUGGGUCAGAGACCAGCAGAAAGCAGGAAGAGUUGAAGAGGCUUUGUACACUGUGCAUAACCAAUGCCUCAAGAAAAAUCUUCCUGUCAGCUGUCCCUGGCUUUCCAUUAGGCUACUGGAAAGGACCUCUAUUUUGGAGAAAUCUUCUCACUAGUCCCCAAGAUAGCACAGGAAUAAUGACCCAAACCAAUGCACUUGGGGUCUUACAGCCACCUCCCCGCGAGUAAAUAGCAUCAUCUACACAAGGUGUGCCCUUCAUGUGACACCCCCACACCCGUGCCUCAUGUGCACCUACACUAAUCACCUGCUUUCUUCCUAGCUGCUCAUUUCAGAAACCUAGCUUUGAGGAAGAUAUUUUAGAAUACUUUAUCAAGAAAACAAACAAACCUGUUACUUCUGACAAAACUUCGGAUUUUGUCCCACCCUUGGCUUCUGAGAUUGAAAGUUACAAUGAGGGGAGAAGCCAUUCAUGCCUGCAUGUGAUGCUGGUCCCCAUCACAGGCCAGGUUACUACACUGAGAUCUGAGAUACACAGGAAAUAAAAAGAAUCAGCUGUGCCAAAACAGAGCCACAUACAGGAAUCCUGCUGGUCCCAGAUGAAUGCUGCAUGCAAAUAAAUACUCUUACUGGGUAAGGGUAGUGCUAAGAAGGUAACACUUCUGGCUAAGAAAGUUGAAAUAAGGACGUUCAGGGACACAACAGAAGUGUUCACAACUCCAGAAAACAAUGAAGAAUACUUUUUGUGACUUCUCAAAGUAAGAAGUAUUUUUCACUUAAAUUUCCUGGUUUUAUCUGUCAUUUAAUGAAGUGGGUUUAAAUUUACAAAGUUGGCUCAAAAUAAUAAUAUGUGGUGGCAAAAAAUGUCAAAAGGUCAGUGCUUGGUUAAGAUUAUUAGGAAAUAGGAAUAAAUUUGGAAGU